AUGUCAUCAUCUUCAUCGGAUGAAUUCGAAGAGAGAUUGGACGAAGUUUUCGAUGAAAUCUUUGAAGAUACUUUCAACAAUAUAGUGGAGGCCCAAUCCAUACCGCCAAGUAGACGUGCUUAUGUGGAACGAAACCGCGAAGGAGGACACGUCCGCUUAUGGAAUGACUACUUUAGCGAAGAUUGUACAUUUCCGGCACAUUUAUUCAGACGCCGUUUCCGCAUGAAUAAGGAAUUAUUCUUGCGUAUUGUCCAUGGCCUAUCAGAGUGGUUUCCAUUCUUUCAGCAAAGAAGAGAUGCAACCGGGAGGUUCGGUCUUUCUCCAUUACAAAAAUGUACGGCAGCUAUUCGUAUGCUUGCUUAUGGUUCUGCGGCUGAUGCGGUUGACGAAUAUCUCCGACUUGGUACGGUUUCUUCUUCGGAUAUAAGAAAGUAUCCUCGUCGUUUGUAUGAGGUUGGGAAAACCCCAGUUCAGAGUAGGAGCAUGAACCAUAGUUGUUAUCUCUCCAACAUUCAAACCGUGAGAGAAGAACUUGGGGAAGAUGUUUGGUCUGAGUUGAGGGAAUCAGCUAUUGGAGUUAUGGUGAAGCUGAAAGAGCUGCCUUAUAUUUGGUCUGCGAAAGUUGUUCACCAUUUUCUUGCCAAUCAAUUGGCAAUUGAGAGCAGUCAUGAGAUUUGGUCUUUGAUAGAUGAUUCUAUGCCAUUGCGUUUCUCUUUGUAUGAGUUUGGAGAGAUUACAGGUCUGAAUUGUGAUCCUUUCGACAAGCAUGACGUUUGGGAUGUUGACCAUCAAGAGUUUUGGCUGGAGAUGAACGUUCCGACAUCAGAUGGACCUACAUUGCUAGAGUUGCAAGCCAUAUUGCCGAUUUGCAGAAACUGGCCUCGAGAGAAGCGAGUGAUGAUUGGUUUGCUGUGUCUGCUAUCCAUUGGCAUAUUUGGCAUUUCAAGCAACAGCAGAAUUCCUUUGCAUUGUGCUAAAAGGGUGAUGGACACUGCAGCUUUCCAGCGAUAUCCAUGGGGCCGUAUUGGAUUUAGCAGCCUUGUCGAUUCCAUUAAAGUACUCACAUAUGAAGCAGAGAAGAGUUACACACUUCACGGCUGUGUUCAUGUGCUGUUAAUAUGGGUUUAUGAGUCUGUCCCUGGUUUAGGAGAAAUAUAUGGGAAUCGGAUUGAUGGAGCUGAUGUUCCUCUUCUGUCAUGGAAGGGAUCUCGUACGCGUAUAAAUUUCUCAGAUUUUUGUGCCCAAGAAAAGAAAAAAUAUCCAAAGGUUCGUGUGAGGCAUAUGAUUAUGAAGCCAGUGGAGGAUAUAUAUCCGAAGUGGGACAAUGAUAAAAUCUAUACUGAUCUGGACAACAUGAUAAAAGACAUCCUUAAUGGUCAGCUAAAUGAGAAGUUUUGGGAUGCAGUGCCCACUACCAAAUGCCAGAAGAGAAAAAAUGGUGUUGCCGCAUCUGUUGUUCCAAACCAGAGGCCUUCUACUAUGCGAAGAAAAGACAAAGAACCUGCUGAUGGAAGUGAAGCAUCUGAUAUGGCUGCAGCUCACAACGUUGCCAUAAGUGGGUUAGCUGAGUUGGUUAAAAUCCUCACUGCGAAAAUGGAAGGCAUCGAUGAUAGUGUAGCUGACAAGGUUACUAAAGCAUUAGAUGCUACUAUUGACUCUAAGGUGGAAGCAAGAGUGCGAGCAUAUGAGUCUGACUUACGGAAUCAGAUUGCAAAAUUGGAGGCACAAAUAAAUGAUAGUAAAAACAACGCUGAUUUGAACAUUGCUCCUGAUGUCGCCACCUCCAAAGCGUAUGAGGAUGAGGAAGAUGGUGCUUGUAGCAAUGACUUGUCAUGGAUUGUUCAGAAGAAGAUCAAUUCACAAGAUGGACUGCCAGUUGAUUGUGUUGUGAAGAAGGAGAAAAAAGAUAAGAAGACGAUGGAUAGCACACAGAAUCUUACGACUGAAGUGGUGAUAAAGACUGGGAAGAAAGCUGGAAUUCCACCAACAAGAGUUAAGCAAGAGAAGGCCUUCGAGAUCCCACAGCUAAAUGAUGAAUCCAUAUCUUCAAAAGAUUUGGAAAAUCAUCUACUGUGGGAGAAGAGUGUAAAAUGUAGGGCGGUGUUGGAAGCACUUGCUUCAAAUUUGAAAGAGCCUACACGCAGACGCAAGCCUCAGUUGACAAAGACUCAAGUUUGGCCGUUUGUUGGAAAUUCAACAGUGAAGCGUAUUAUAAGUGGUGAGAAAGUCUCCAAGGAACCUUAUGACCCAUUAGCUAAGGUGGAGGCAGAGAAACUGCAGAAAGUUUUGGACUUCAUCAACUCUGAUUUGGAAGCAAAGGAGCCUGGUGUUGGAGAUGAAAGUGCUGGAUUUUUCUUGAAGUUAUUGAUCCCUAGGGAUGAUUGGCCAACAAAAGACUACGGCUGGUUGAAUGACUCCCACAUUGCAGCAGCAAUGCUUAUGUUUCACAGACGGUCCAGGCAAGAACAGUCUCCAUAUUCCUCUUCUCGAAUUGCAUUUCUGUCUCACUGGUUUGUGAACUCAUGGGUGAACGACUACAAGAGCUGGGACCAGAACACUGAGUUGUCAGAAAUGUACACCAAGGCUUUUAAUGGAGAACACCCGGCUGAUUUUGUCACAGGUAAUAAGUGGAUUGCAGACGUCGACGAUCUUUUCCUCUGCCACCAUGUUAAUGGAGAUCACUGGGUUGCUCUACGCAUCGAGCUGCUUAAGGGGAAAAUUCAUGUCUAUGAUAGUAUUUGCACACAUGUGAGUGAUAAGGAGAUGAAAGAGGCAUGCCGGCCUUUCAUGAGAAUGAUACCAGCAUUGCUUAACAAGAUGGUGCCUGCUAAAACGAGAACGAAAAGUGGAAAGCAGUUCGGUUAUAUUAGGCACAAGAAGAUCCCCCAAAAUGAGAACCCGGGAGAUUGCGGUGUGUACUCUUUGAUGUACAUUGAAUGUCUAGCUCUUGGACGUAACUUUGAUGGCUUGAAUGAUCAGAUUAUAACACAAUUGCGCUUGAAGUUGGCAGGAGAUAUUUAUGAGGAGGUGACUAAGACAGCCGAAUAG